GCUACGUCACAUGUCACGUAGCUACUUCCUGUAAAGCUGAAGGGUGGGAUAGGCGGAAGCAGAGUGUUUCGGUGCUAGGACAUUUUUCUCGCUGAGCAGUUGGACUGAUUUCUGUCUUUCAGCAUGCCGGCGUAUCACUCGAGCCUGAUGGUCCCCGACACCAGGCUGGUGGGGAACAUGGCUUUGCUCCCACUCAAGACUCAGUUCAAAGGACCGGCCAGAGGAGACGGCGUAGACUCUGAUAUCAUCGAUGAGGCUAUCUACUACUUCAAGGCCAACGUCUUCUUUAAGAACUACGAAAUCAAGAAUGAGGCUGACAGGACGCUGAUCUAUGUGACACUCUACAUUUCUGAAUGCCUAAAGAGGCUACAGAAGUGCAGCUCCAGGAGCCAGGGAGAGAAGGAGAUGUACACUCUGGGCAUCACUAACUUUCCCAUUCCUGGGGAGCCUGGCUUCCCUCUUAAUGCCAUGUAUGUUAAACCUGCAAACAAGCAGGAAGAAGAGACCAUGAGGGCGUACCUCCAGCAGAUCCGCCAGGAGACCGGCCUGAGACUAUGCGAUCGCGUGUUUGACCCUCAAACAGACAAACCCAGCAAGUGGUGGGUGUGCUUUGUCAAGAAACAGUUCAUGAACAAAAGCCUGUCAGCUCCUGGACAGUAGAUGCUACAGACCUGCGCUCUGUUCUACACUUGCGAGACUGAUGGAUGGAUUUUUUUUUGGGGGGUGGGGAGGAAAAGGAGGGGUCUGCUUUGUGUUAAGAUUUUAUACUCUUUAAUUUCCCAGGUAUGUCUUAACUUGUCUGGAUGUUGAUCAUAUUAAGCUGGAGCUUAAUUCAAUAAAGCAAUCAUGGAGAUUGGA